AUGCUCGGCAAACCUCCCGAAACGGUCAACAAUGGCGGCGAUCUUCAAGCCGAGUAUAUGUUUCGAGCUUCACCCCCAAACUUUCUGUCCUUCAACAACAACCUCUUCACAAGUACAGCAACCGCCACCACCAUGGCACCCAAGAAGAGCACCACGAGAGCGGCGGCGCCAACUCGCCGCAGCGCGCGACUCGCUUCGCGCGAGACAUCCGUCGAGGCUUCGGCCUCAGAGCCAGAGCAGGCUGCCGGUUUGUUGCCCCCCUCUCUCCUUGCCCCCGUUGUAAAAGGGCCCUUACAAGUGUUUCAUUCAGGGUCUGCACCAGUCAGCGCCAAUGGCGUCUCUGCCUCGCUGGCGAGGUGGUGCGUCAGCGGCUUCAUCUCCACCAUUCUUCGCAAUGGGGAGACGUACAAGGUGCGCGUGCUGACGCGAGAGCAAGUCGACGACGUCGCCGAGCAGCUGUUCGAGCAGCUCGAGCAGGCCAGAGACGAGGCCAAGGAGGCCAACGACAAGCUGAGGAGGGCGCGCCCGAGCAUCCGCCGGGACUUUGGCCUGGCGCAGAUCUCUGCGAACUACCAGGCAAAGCAGCGCCUCCUCAGCGAGUCGACAGAGAAGCAGCCCGCCGAGCCCGCCGAGCCCUCCGCCCCCUCCGUCCCCUCCGUCCCCGCCGCCCCCUCUCCCCUCUCCGCGGCACCAACCACCGCCACCCCACCACAGCCGGUGAGGGUGGCAACACCACCAUCGCUGCUCUCGAGAGCGUUCGGCUGGUUCUCACGCAAGAGACCAGCAGAAGAGGAGGCAGAAGAGCCGGAGCGCGAGGCGGCGCGCGAGCCAAAGCGGCCGCGCAUCGAAGCGCCUCGCCCCUCUUCUCCGGCCCUGUCACAGCCGGUUGAAGAGGUGGUCGAUAGCAGCAGUGGCACCAGCCCCGAGCGGGCCACCGAGAACAGCGGCGGCGACAACAACGUCGCCAACAGCACCACCACCACCGCCGGCAGCAGCCGCGGCAAGAAGCGCGUGCGGGUCGAAGAGCCUGAGGCAGCAACACCCCGCGCUACGUUCCCACCUUCACCACGCGACUGGACCGGACCCUCAGCAAAGAAUCCGCGUCAACCCACCUCUCUCUCUACCAUCAAUGAAUACAGUGAGCCGACACACACCACAAUUCUCGAAGACAGCACGCCAUCCAGGCCGAGCCGUUCAGCACCCUCCCGUGGCCUCCAGGCACCACAGAAUACGCCUGCAAUCAAACCCCGCCGCUCAGUCGCGUCGCCCUCACCCUCGUCCUCGACCUUCUCCAACCUCUCCACGAUGCCGCAGUCCACACCAUUCUUGAUGCGUCGCUCCGCUGCGAACAGGCUAGCCAAAAGAGCAGCCGCGAACAGCACACCUAAGCCUUUUGCCUGGGCUAGAGACACACCACGGCCAAGAGAGCCAAACGCAGAUGCGCGUCUCGAGAAGAUUCAGCGUAUCAGAGCGCUUGAGAAGCAGCUUCAAGAGCUCAAGUCAGACGACGAUGUCAAAGACAUUGAAGCUCACUCCAUCCACCGGCGCAAGCGAGUCAAGAUUGAUGAUCUUGCCGUCAUUCCUCACAACCGCCCUGGCGACUCCAGCGGGACCUUCCGCGUCCCAGACUACGACUCCGACGAAGAGAUCGAAGUCGACUCAGAUUGCAUGGACCUCAGCGGUAACAGCAACAUCUUCGACGACGCCGAGAAGGCGCAGCAGUCCACACAAGCACAGCAGGUCACAGAGCCCAGCACCACAUCUCGCCAAUCGACCCGACCAGCCGCACUUCAGGUCACAGAGCCGGCUCAGUCGUCAACUACACCAGGCAGAGCUCAAGUCACGGGGCAGUCUUCAUCAUCGACCACACCAGGCACAGCUCAAGUCACAGGGCAGCCUCAACAACAGGCCACAGCGCCUCAAGCGUCUAUGCCACAAGCGCAAGCGCCAUCCUUCUCAUUCCCGAGUGUCGACGCGUCACAGUCGCACCAGGCUACGCAACCACAAGCAUCAAUGCCGCAAGAGCAGAUGCCAACCUACAACUUCCCACAAGCCCGCCCGUCACACCAGCAUCAACAGCAGGCCACAGAGCCAGAGACGUCAUCGCAACAACAGCAGACGCCAUCAUUCUCCUUCCCACAAGCCGGCCAGUCAAAACAGCUCCACGAUCAGGCCACAGAGCCUCAAGCAGCAUCGCCACACGCGCAGAUGCCAAUCCUCAACUUCCCCGUCGUCGCAUGGAAGCCAGCAGACUACGAAGAGCCGAGCGAAGAGUACAAGGCUGCCGCGGGCAGAGAUUUUACCGAAGGGUUCAACAAGUGGCUGGCUGCACAUGCGUAG